AAUUAAUUUGUGACUCCCAUUCUGCUGUAGAACUGUUGAAAAUUAUACAAUGGAAAAGUUGGGUCAGGAAAAUGUUAUCUGAAAACUUGAAUGUAGACAUCUAUAGGAAAAGGAUUAUAACAGAGGUCUUUAAACAGUGAUGCUUUAAAUUUUAACGGACGUUUUAAAUGUCGAGUGUAUUGUUCGCUAUAAACACGCUGAAUUACGCGGACAAAGAACUUGGUGUUUCUGAGUGAAAAGUUGUAACAUUUCUUUGCUGUACAUAUAUUGACGCUAUAUCUUUUCUUGUACAGUUCAUACAGUUGAAAUUGUUGUCUAACAAAUUCAGAAUAAAAGUAAAUUAAUUUAAUAAUUGGAAAUGUUAUAACAUCAUAAAAUUUCUCAUUUAGUUUAUAUUUUAGACUUGUACCUAAUACAAUAUACCUGUUAAAUUGAAUCGUUAACGAUAAUUUUUAAUUAUUUUUUUCUAUAAUGUCUCAUUUAAAAUACAUGAAAGAAAUAAAUAAUUUAACUCGUAUGGACGAAGCUAUUAAGGGGCCGCUUCCACGUUGGCAAAAGAAAUGUUUAGAAACAUCAAAUUCGAGUGUCAAUCUUAGUAUCAAUUCAUCGCGAAAGAUUACAAAUGGAUCAUUCGCAAAUACUACUACAGGGAAGACACCAACGAAAAAGAAUGAUAGCCGGAUUAAAAAAACACCUUCUAAAGGUUCUAAAAAAUCACCAAGUCGUACUAGUGCACUUACUAAAACACCCAGUGGUGGUGAUAGAUUUAUACCUUCAAGAUCAACUACUAAUUUUGAUCUUGGUUAUUAUAAGAUUCAACAAGCUAAUGUAGAAAAGGAUGAAGAAAAACCUGACAAUGCAAGUCCCUCUAAGAGAGAAAUGCAGCGACUUAUAGGAGAAAAUAUACAUGGUGGUGAUAUUAAUAAUAUGAGGAUUUUAUCCUAUCAAAAUAAAGCACCAGCUCCUCCAGAAGGUUAUCAAAACCCAUUAAGAGUUAUAUAUAGUCAAAGUAAAACACCAGCAAGUGUCAAAGCUUCAACAAGAUACAUACCACAAACUCCUGAUAAAAUACUGGAUGCACCAGAAAUUAUUGAUGAUUAUUAUUUGAAUCUAGUUGAUUGGUCAGAAAGUAAUAUUUUAGCUGUAGCAUUAGGUGCUAAUGUAUAUUUAUGGAAUGCUGCAAGUGGAACUAUCGAGCAAUUAUUUGAAUUAGAGGGCAGUGAUUAUGUUUGCUCAGUUGCAUGGAUCCAAGAAGGUCCCUAUUUAGCAGUAGGUACCACGACAGGAAACACAGAACUAUGGGAUUGUAGUCAGAUGAAAAGGGUUCGUGUAAUGAACGGUCAUGCAGCCAGAGUUGGUUCUCUUGCUUGGAAUUCAUAUGUUUUGACGAGCGGGUGUAGAGCAGGACAAAUGGUGCACCAUGAUGUUAGACAAAGGGACCAUAUGAUAAUGACGAUUAACGCACAUGCUCAAGAAAUAUGCGGUUUAAAGUGGUCACCUGAUGGAAAGUAUUUAGCGAGUGGCGGUAAUGAUAAUAUGCUUCAAAUAUGGCCUUUGAUUACUGGCCAAAAUCACACACAUAUGCAGCCGAUUUAUUCAUUAAACCAACAUCAAGCUGCUGUGAAAGCGCUUGCAUGGUGUCCAUGGCAAAAUAAUAUUCUUGCAAGUGGUGGUGGUACUGCUGAUAGAACUAUUCGAUUUUGGAAUUGUAAUACCGGUGCAUGUUUAAAUACAAUAGAUACCAAGUCACAGGUUUGUUCCUUACUUUGGUCUACAACAUAUAAGGAAAUUGUGUCUGGUCACGGAUAUGCACAAAAUCAAUUAACAAUUUGGAAAUACCCUGCAAUGACGAAGGUUGCAGAACUUACAGGCCAUUCUAGUCGUGUUUUACAUUUAGCAAUGUCUCCAGAUGGUACUACAGUACUCAGUGCAGGAGCUGAUGAAACUUUAAGACUGUGGAAAUGUUUCCAACCUGAUCCGCAUAAAAAGAAAGAAAUUACUGAAACAAAAUCUGUCGCUUAUGGACUUAAACAAUCUAUUCGAUAGUUUCUUUGUGUCAAUAAAUGAAAUAAAAUUUG